GUCCGCUAUCGUGUCGCCAAAUUACAAUAAUAAGCUAUUAUUACAAUGAUUCAUGAAAUAUUAAUGUUGAGAAAGAAAAGAAUCGCCUGGUUGUGACUUUUGAAUGUAACUGACAAGACCAAAGUUUUGGCUAGGAAGUUUAGCAACAAUGGCUUCGAUUUUGCCUGCGGGACUCAGAAAUGGGGUCAAGGGCCUCGACGCGAAUCGCUAUGCAACCAAGAAAACUGUCGCCCAGGGCAUGUUGGACAUAGCCCUGCUGACUUCCAACGCAUCUCAGUUGAAAUACGUGCUCCAAGUGGGUCCCAAACAUGAGUUCUACAUGUUACUCGUGGUACUCAUCUCAAUAUCCAUUGUUUUACAGAUCGUAUCGGCAAUAGUAGCAGUCGUUCUCAGCUUCAUUUUCAACAUCAAUCGUCAGCCCGAUCAACGUAAGGCGGAGAUUUUGAACAAUGUUAGUUUGAUGUUCAAAAUUAUAAGUAUAACGCUCAACACCAUAAUCAGCAUAUUUUACUCCAUUCAAAUCGAUCACUUCGAAAAUCUUGUUCAACCCAUGCAAGUAUCAUGAAUUUGAAAUAUGGAUUAAAUAUUAAUUUUUAAGUUAACUUACUAAACGCAGGGUGGUUUACCUUCUUUUAUUUGAAUUUAUCAGUCACCCUUUAUACAUACCUAUAAGUAAGUAAGAACGAAAGAAGAAAAUUAUAAUAUUCAAUUAUGUUUAUGAUAUUAUUUAUGAUUAUUAUAAAUGUAAGUACGUAGAAGUAAGUAUAAGUUAUAAAAAGCAAGUGCACUUUUUGUAU